AUGAGCAGCAUCAAGAAGACUGUCCUCAUCGCUCUGUGUCUCGUCGUCGGCCUUGCCUCUGCUUCGCCCGUCGCCCUCAGCCAGCCCGAAGCUGCAGUCAAGGCCGACCGGGUGACUGUCCGUGUGACAUUUGCUGCUACUACGAUGUCACUAUUUGCUGCCUCUGAGGGCAUCUAG